GAGAGAGAAUCAGAGAUUAAAAGGAAGAGGUGUUCUACAAUCUAUAAAAGAUUGCUUGCAAAGUAUGGACAAGUUCGAUGGGGGUGGAAUCCGUAAAAAAACAACUAAUAUUUUGGAGAGGCCUUUAAACAAAGGACGAAACGAGGUGCAUAUCAGCUCCUUUGCUCUACUAUUCUCAGAGAUUGUCCAGUAUUCACAAAACAGAGUAACAACUGUUGCAGAUUUGCAAACCAAGUUAUCAGAUUUGGGAAAAAGCAUUGGCUCAAGAAUGCUUGAUGUUCUAGUUCUACGGGAGAAGGGAUACAAACGAGAGACAAGGAUCAUUAACGUCCUUUUAUUUAUUAAAACAACAGUCUGGAAAUCAUUGUUUGGAAAGGAAGCUGAUAAACUUGAACAAUCUAAUGAUGAUGAUAAAACAUAUUAUAUAAUCGAGAAAGAACCACUGGUCAACAAAUUCAUUUCCAGACAAAAGGAUAAAGGUGGACUUAACUGCGCGUAUUUUAUUGCUGGGAUAGUUGAAGAAAUACUGUUUGGUUGCAAAUUUAAUUGCAAGGUUACCGCUCAUUGGCACAAAGGCACAACAUUCAUGAUACAAUUUGAUGAAGCUGUGAUCGCUCGAGACAAAGCGUUUGAUGCACGUUAAUGCUAGCUGCAGUAUCGACAAUCUCGCACUCUUUAAUAAUGAUUGUAAAAAUAAACUGUACUGGGAGUACUGUCAUAUACUGACU